AUGGUUCAACUUCAUUCCCCUACCAGAGACCUGGAAGAUAUUGAAAUAAGGCAAGAUAAGUUCUCAGAGGGUCCUGCCCAAGAAUCCUCAUCGGAAGAACACAGAGGAUUGUAUGCAAUUUGUCACAUUCCAUAUCAAUCACCUGCCUUUAUCAUUACAGUAUUUCGGCCUUGUGUUGGAAAUCUUUGCCCAACUGGAUAUUUCUGUAAUACAACUGAUAAUAAAUGCUACGAUGUAACUCCAACUGAAUGUGUGGAUAGAGCAGCGCCAGGUAGACCUUCAGAUUGCCCUGCAAGAGUUUCUCUUUGCAAUAAUGCAAUCUACAAAGAAUUGAUGGAACGAGAGUGCCGUAAAACUUGUGGCCUUUGUGGUAUAACAAGUAAAAAAACAUUUCUAUUAUCUCUCCAACACUCAACACUUCUAGCUUUGCUAGUUCCAUUGUUAAUUAGGGUAGCUAUAUCGCAAUUUAGCGAUAGUAUAGGUGGACCUUCAGCAUCAUCCAGGUGUGAAUUCCAAUGGUAUUUUAUUAAGAUAUAG